UUCCAAAGCCGUAACCUUCCUUCGUGGACUUUACCAAGACUGUUCUUUCUCACUCGCCUCUUCUUUCAUAUUUCUCUUUCAUACUCAUCAUCAUCAUCAUACCCUUGCCUUGUUCCUCUUCUCUCUCUGCUCUUCAGGGCGUGGAAGUGGUUUAAUUUGAAGCAGCAGCUUGACUGUCAGUAGAUAAGUUGGUCACUGGUGUAUUAUACAGUUAUGCCUUUUUUUUCUUGCUUAUUCGGUAGGAGUGACUCUUCAAGAGAGCAGUCUUUGGAAGUCGAUGAUGAACUUUCAGGCAUACACAAUGCUAAACUCUACACUUACAAAGAAUUAAGAAUUGCCACUGAAGAUUUUAGUCCGGCUAACAAAAUUGGAGAGGGUGGUUUUGGUUCUGUAUAUAAGGGACGCCUUAAGGAUGGGAAAAUUGCUGCCAUUAAAGUUCUUUCAGCUGAAUCAAGACAGGGGGUCAGGGAAUUUUUGACAGAGAUUCAGGUGAUUUCAGAAAUACAGCAUGAAAACUUAGUAAAGCUCUAUGGCUGCUGUGUCGAAGGAAAUCACAGAAUCUUAGUCUACAACUUCCUUGAGAAUAAUAGCCUUGCACAAACACUUCUCGGUGUAGGCAAUAGCCAGAGUAACAUCCAAUUUAAUUGGCAGACAAGAGCUAAAAUUUGCAUUGGGGUUGCACGAGGGCUUGUAUUCCUUCACGAGGAUGUACGACCUCACAUUAUUCACAGAGAUAUUAAAGCAAGUAAUAUUCUCCUUGACAAAGACCUGACACCCAAAAUUUCAGAUUUUGGUCUCGCAAAGCUUAUCCCGCCCAACAUGACUCACGUUAGCACUCGUGUGGCUGGAACAAUAGGUUAUCUGGCACCAGAGUAUGCGAUAAGAGGGCAAUUAACAAGGAAAGCAGAUAUUUACAGUUUUGGUGUCCUCGUUGUGGAAAUAGUCAGCGGGAGAUGUAACACAAAUAUGCGGUUGCCAAUCGAAGAACAAUAUCUUUUAGAACAGACAUGGGAUUUAUAUGAGCGAAGGGAACUGGUUGGACUGGUGGAUGCAUCAUUGAACGGGGAUUUUGACGCUGAGCAGGCUUGUCGAUUCCUAAAGAUCGCUCUCCUCUGCACUCAAGACACUCCAAAGCUCCGACCAACCAUGUCAUCAGUCGUCAAGAUGUUAACUGGUGAGAAAGCGGUUGAUGAAAAAAAAAUAACUAAGCCGGGACUAAUCACCGAUUUCAUGGACCUCAAAGUAAGAGGUCCCCAAAACACUCAGAUGGAACCAAAGAAUACAUCUCCUGACAAUAGCUCGGACAACCCAGAUACUCCAAACUUGUCAUCUGGAGCCACAAGUUACUCAACCUUUAAUACAAAUGAUAGAAGCACUUAAACAUGGAUUGAAAGGAAAUUUGUCAAUUAAUUUUUAGUUCUUAAUUUUGGGUUUUUGAGGCAUGUUAUCCAAUGUAAAUUAUUCAAUCGUGUGUUUGUUUAUACUUUUUCAUGGUUCAUACAAGUCAUUUAGUCUGAGGUAACUAUCUUGUAAAUGCAGCAAGUUUGGUGAAUUAGAGAAAAGUUUUGAUGUUGUGAUAUUUUCAUCUUUUCGGUUUUAUUUAA